AUGGCCUCCCUUCGGCGGCUUCUCGCACUUGCACUGGGCCUGGGACUCACUGCUUCUCAGUCCAUCAAGCCCAUCGAGUCUCGCGGUGCUCUGCAGGUCGGAAGUCCGCUGUACACCCUUGCGAUAGAGCCAGAGCUGCCCAGCCAGCCCUCACCUGAAAACCUGCAUCUCUACCCGGCGACUCAAAUACUCAACGCGCCGGAUGAGACGCUCAAGGGACUUCACAUAUCCGGGCGACUGGUGUCCGUCGGUCCGGGCAAUGCAAACAAGCUGAAGGCCGGCGAUAUAGCAUAUCUCUCCUGCGAUCCAGACGAUUAUCCGGGUAUCAUAGACCCGGAAGAGACUCUCGAGAUUAUUUUCAAUGCUACCACGCGGCCGGCAGCUAUCUUGCUAUACACCACCCACGCCGUACGCUGCGACUUUUCACCAGACCCUGACGACCGGCCAAAGGCAACGUACAAGACCAUCUUCUCCCUACGAGACCCCGAGCUGGCCAAUGCUCUUCUCACCUCUCACCUGAGGCAUGCUGCGACGAUAUCAACCUCUGGGCCGGUUACGACGGCCCAGGCACUGCAGGAAGAUCCCCAGCCACCCAAGUCUACCAUGGGAGAUACGAGAGGCAAUGGGGUAGAGACGACACGCAACACGGCAAUGAUCAUCCUGUAUACUGUUACAGGAGUCAUUACUGUCUUGUUCCUCGCUGUGAUCAUGACCGGUGCCAUACGGGCGCAUAGACAUCCGGAUAGGUAUGGACCACGGAACCUGCCGGGUAGGUCGCGGCAGAGCCGGGCAAAGGGGAUUGCGAGGGCGAUGUUGGAUACGUUGCCGAUUGUCAAGUUUGGAGAAGAUAGGGAGAGGACAAAGCAUGACGGACAGGAUGGGGAGGGUGAGCGUGAUAUCGAGAUGGCCGCUGGACAGGCACAUACCCCCGACCAUGCCCAUCAACAUACUCACGAGCAUACACAUGAACAUACAUCUACUGAACAGGUCGAGGGUACCACUACCACCGGUAUAGCCGAUGUCACGCCCUCACAAAGGUCCCGUUCUGUCUCGCCGUCCGCCUCUGCGGCAGCUUCAAGUUCAAGCUCCGGCGCUGCAUCCUUACCCUCCGAGCGAGAACCAUCCACCACAUGCCCAAUCUGCACAGACGAGUUUGUUCGUGGUCAGGACGUGCGAAUCUUGCCAUGUAACCACUCCUUCCAUCCAGAGUGCGUUGAUCCAUGGCUCGUUGACGUCUCGGGUACUUGUCCACUAUGCAAGCUCGCGUGCUACGAUCGAGACAGACACCCGGCAACGCAGAGGAGAGACGGCGGAACCGGCUUUCUGCACUAUUCGUUGAACGCUUCCGCAUCAGGACCCGAAGGCACGGCGAGAGUGAGGGAAGCACGUAGCCAUAUCCUCGGCUCGUCUCCCGUAUUCUGA